UUCAUACAUUUCAAAUGCUAAUGAUUGCUUUCGUUUUUUCAGGUAAACAUGUGUUUUGUGAGAAGCCGAUUGGUAAGUCGAUUGCUAGCACACAGAGCUGCUAUGAGGAAGCACAGAAGAACAAUAAAGUCCUUCUGUGUGCAUUCAACAGACGGUUUGAUCCAGGAGUACGUCAGGUCCAGCAAAAAAGCAGAAAUGGUGUAGUAGGACAGAUACAACACAUCAAGACAAUCAGUCGCGAUGCUCCAUUACCACCAUUAUCAUUUUUAAAACUAUCUGGUGGUAUAUUCCAUGAUUGCGCUGUGCAUGACAUAGAUGUUAUAUGUUGGAUAAUGGGAGAUACACCAACUACCGUUUAUACUCAAGGCCACGCAUUCAAUCCCGAUAUUGCAGAUAUGGACGAUAUUGACACAGUCGCCAUUACAAUGAAGUUUGCAAGUGGAGCCAUAGGCACCAUUGAUUUGAGCAGAUUCGCUGCGUAUGGAUAUGAUCAAAGGCUUGAGGUGUUCGGCAACAAAGGAAUGGUACAGAAUCAUAAUUCCAAGUUUUGUGAUAUGUCUAGUCAUGGAACCGACGGGGAAUCCUCGCAUCCUAUUCUGCCGUCAUUCAAAGAAAGAUAUGCACAAGCCUACCAACAAGAAUUAGAACACUUCUUGGACACUGUAACCGCUUUGUUGCCAUCAGAGCUGACAGACAGAGCUGUUAGUAUAG